AUGGGGGGUUUGAAGCUACUCUACCGCCUCCGCGCUCGGUUGAAACGGAGGCCACAGCUGCAACUUGAUGUGAAAGAAACAGAUCACGGCUUCGCGAUCGAAAAAGUCCGGAAGCUCAUCUUUUCCUAUCAAGAUGGUGGCGCCCCGGCGCUGUGGUUUCCUGAGGAUGCCAACUUGGCCGCAGAAUUGGGACAUCUCCAGCUAAUGAAAACCAUCAAAGGGGUAAAGAGUGGCCAGAUCCUCUUUACGAGUAGGAAUCUCAAGGUGUCACGGAGCAAAAUCGCCCGGUGA